UCGACAAACAUGGAAAAAACAAUGAAAAUUAUAUUGUUGAUGAUAUUAAACGAAGCAAUUCCAUGUCUUGGACAGGCUGGUGGCGGUGAUGAGGCAAAGACUCUUGUCACUAACCUGUUUUCAAGUUAUAGUACUAUGGUCCGACCAAACAAGGAUUAUACGAAACCGAUGAACGUUGAUCUAGACAUGAUCCUUGUUGGUAUAAAUGGUUUAGAUGAAGUUGAGGGUAAAUUAACAACAACUGGUUACCUGUCUGUUAGAUGGACUGACGAAUAUUUAGUUUGGGACACUGGCGAUGUCAUGCAACUGUAUAUUCCUCAAAAUAGAAUAUGGAAACCAGAUUUGACACUUAAAAACGGCUUUACAAAAUUGACCACACUUGGGUCCGAUUUUAUCCUAGUCCAGAUUAUGCAAAUGGGACUUGUUUGGUGGCAGCCAUUCGAGGUUUUCGAAUCCAAAUGUUCUAUUGACAUUACACACUUUCCUUUUGAUCAACAAACGUGCGACCUUGUUUUUGUUGUUUGGUCAUACUUCAUAGAUGACGUUAAUGUUACUAAAGGUGCGGAUGGAAUAGAAACAGAAGAUAUGGAAGAAAGUGCACAAUGGAGCAUAGUUUCAACUUCUGCAAGAGAGGAUAAAGAAGGUACAGAGUCAAAGGUCACAUUUACACUUACACUACAACGGAGCUCUGGGUAUUAUAUUUUUAACAUUAUUAUCCCAGUUAUUUUUCUAGGACUUCUCAAUGUGUUUACUUAUGUCCUCCCAGCGGACAGUGGAGAAAAGAUGGGUUAUGCAAUGACGGUUUUCUUAUCAUUUGCCGUUUUUUUGACAAUCGUAAGUUCAGAAUUACCCAAAUCGUCCGGAUCCUAUUUCGGAUAUUAUUUGAUGGCCUUACUGGGAUUUGGAGUAAUAACUGUUUGUGUUACGGCACUUGAGCUGCGCAUGCAUCACAGUCAGCGGAAGGUGCCUGGUUGGGUUGAAAAAAUAAUGGGAUGCUGCUGUUGCUGUUGCAAAGACAACCGCGUCAAUGAUUUGGGUAACACAAAGAGGAAAAAGGACGUGACCUGGUCCGAUUUUACCUCUUUUAUAGACUUUUUAAUGUUUUGGAUUUUGUUUAUAUCAUUUAUAGUUUUGACUAUUAUUGUUAUGAUCGUUUUGAAGCUAAGGAUUAAAAUAUGAUUUUGAUUUGUAAAAUAUUUUCAAACAAUUUAGUGAAAUCAUUUUUUUUCGUUGGUAUUUAAUUUUGUGGUUUUGCAAAAGUCUGCAUAUAAGCCUAAGACAAAUUUGUAAUUUGUUGAAUAUUUAAUUUCGUGAUUCACCUGUACUAAUGAAAUCCACGAAAAGUGGUAUCUAACGAAUAAUAAUGAAUCCAUAGUAUUAACUUUGUUGGAAACAAAUAUGUCCUUGUCCGAAGAUUGUAAUCGUAAUCUUAUUAACCUACAAUUUUUGUAUAUUAACUUCGACCUAAAUGAAUAUAUUUAAUAUAGUAGGCGUUUAUAUAAAUCCUAAGGAUGUUCUUAUACCAGGCAAAUAUUACUUCAGCCGUAUUUGACACAACGUUUUGGAUUUUCAGGGUCUCCAAAACUCUUCAACUUUGUACUUGUUUGGUUUUCUAUUUAUUUUGAUCUGAGCGUCACUAAUGCGUCUUAUAUAUGUAGACGAAACACGCACCUGGCGUACUAAAUUAUAAGCCUCGAACCUUUGAAAAUUAUAUAGACAUAUUUGCAGAUAAAUGUAUUUAUCUUGACAUUUAUCGAACUAAUCUUAUUAAAAUAUAUCGCAUACAUACUUCAACUUUAAGAGUAUUAAUGCGAGUUUAUGGAUGGAUGCGGUGUUAGAGAUUCUGAAAAAUAUUGAGCGCUUGCAGCUGGAGGCAGCUAUAAGUUUUACUGGUCUGUCGCAAUUUGCAACCAAAGAAUCUCUAGUUUAUGAAACUAGAUAUGAAUCUUUGAAUUUUAAAAGACAUGGGCGUAAAUUAUAUUUAUUUCAUAAAAUACAUAAUAAUAAUAUUCCAGAAUAUCUUGUGGAUUGUUUCUCAUGUAAUCCUAGAAAUCGUUCUUACUUAAGAGAACCGAGUUGUAGAUAGGACAUAUUUUCUUAAUAAUUUUUCCCUUCCUAAAUUGGUGCAUGUAAUUCAUUGCUGUUAGACAUAUAAAAUGCCAUUCUAUCAAUUCCAAAUUACAACAAUACCAUCCGGCGAAAUGAUCCUUUUUUUUGGUACGUAAAUAUUAAGUUAUUGGAAAAAAGGGAAAUAUUUUGAAUACAAAUUUGCAACACAGAUGUAGUCCUUUAAAAGCUGAUUUAUAGACAGUUAAUUUAGUAAAUGUCCCAAGUUAUCAAGAUGGAUGGAUGCCCACUCUGCAUACUAUUUAGAAAUCAGCUCUUUGAAAAUGUCCAACACUUAGUUGCUAUCUCCAUACAACAUUUUUUAUUUGGGACAGACGAAAUCAGUGUUUUAAAAAACAAAAUACAAUCCAUUUCAGAAAUAUUCAUAAUUGUAUACUUCAUCAAAACGGUUGUUUGAUUACAAUUGCUGUAUCUGUAAAUAUACUUGUAUCCAACUGUUACUGUUUAAACAAGAUAUAUUUAUUGUAAAUAUUAUUUAUUACUGUACCUAAAAUAAAAAUGAAAACAACACGUUAAAUAAUUGUAUGCGUUCGACGCGCCUUUCUGUAUUUCCCUUCAUCAGGAACGCUCAAAGCCGAAUAUUUCAAAACCAUAAUGUAUUUUUGUAAUUUUGAUUUUUUUGUAUCUUGAAUUUAUUUGGAGAUUAUGUUAAGUUGUUAUAAAUUGUAUCCAAUAUUAUUAUUUUUUUGGACAAUA